UGAGCAACAAUUACGAGUUUGAAAAUAUAGCCCAUUUUCAAGCAAAAUUGAUCAUUCUUUAUAUGUUUUUCUCUCAAAUCCCGAAUCUGACUUUACAAUCGAAGUGUCCCAAGCUAUGGAAAAUGAAACCCAAUCUUUAUUACCCAAAAACAGAUCAUCAAAUCCAAGCUAUUCAACUCCAGAAGGGCUCGAAUUAAGGAGUUUCAGAUUAGGUCUCAACUGGUUUUGUUUAGAUCAAUCCAAUUUAUGGAAAGUGAGUCUUUCUUGGUCUUUCUUCUUCGUGCUUGCUAUUGGGGUUCCGAUUAUUUCGCACUAUGUUCUUUUAUGUUCAAACUGCGAUGAAAAGCAUCGGCGACCGUACGAUGCGGUGGUGCAGUUAUCACUUUCCUCUUUUGCGGCGGUUUCUUUUAUUAGUUUAUCUUCUUGGGCUCGGAAAUAUGGGAUCAGGAAGUUCCUUUUCUUGGAUAAAUUGUGUGAUGUUAGUGAUAAAGUUCGAAAAGGAUAUGCAGAGGAGCUGCAGAAAUCAAUGAAACUCCUCUGUGUAUUUGUGCUUCCUUGUCUUGCUGCUGAGAGUGCAUACAGAAUUUGGUGGUACGCCACCGGAGCGAGCCAAAUUCCGUACCUUGGCAACAUGUACGUGAGCGACAUCAUUGUGUGUGCGUUGCAGUUGGCGUCGUGGCUUUAUCGAACAUCCAUUUUCAUCCUGGCCUGCAUCUUCUACCAACUUACUUGUCAUCUCCAAAUACUCCGACUCGAAGACUUUGCUCAAGUUUUUCAAAAGGAAACUGAAGUGCGUUCGAUAUUGGCCGAACACCUCAGGAUAAGAAGAAAUCUUCGGAUCAUAAGUCACCGGUUCCGCUUAUUCCUUUUGUUGUCAUUGGUGUUGGUCACUGCAAGUCAGUUCUUUGCUUUGCUCAUGACAACUCGAACUACUACCGCUGUAAAUAUCUACGAGGUCGGAGAACUAGCGUUAUGCUCUAUAAGUCUAGUAACCGGACUAUUCAUCUGCUUGAGGAGUGCCACAAAGAUCACUCACAGAGCACAGGCUAUCACGGGCCUUGCCGCUAAGUGGCAUGUAUGUGCAACAAUCAACUCUUUCGACGAAGCUGAUGGUGAAACACCCAUGGCUCAGAUCGUUUCUCCACAGAUGUAUCCGGUGGACGUCGAUUGGGAAUCAGAUGAAGAAGAUGAAGGGGAUGAUUUGGAUAACACGAAGCUUGUCCCCAUUUUUGCGCACACGGUAUCUUUCCAAAAGAGACAGGCAUUAGUGACAUAUCUAGAGCACAACAGAGCUGGAAUUACAGUGUACGGUUUCAUGGUAGACAGAACUGGAAUCCACACCAUAUUCGGGAUCGAACUAGCUUUACUGCUUUGGCUACUCAACAAGACAAUAGUAAACUUGACAUGAACACCAUAUAUGACGGACAGAACUCGACCCGACAGCACGACUGCUAUCGAAAUUGUGAAACUAUAAGGUGAUUGAAACAUCACCUUUUAUUGAAAUCAAAGAAGCAUAUCUACUAGUGAACACAAUAUUAUGGUGGAUGCAUGUACAUCAAAUACAAGUUCAUAUCUCAAACUCAAAUCUCUUUACUUGGUUCUCAAGCAACCCCUAGUUGCUUCUCUUGGAGUACUUGUUUGUUUGUUUGUUUUUGCAGUUUGUACUGCACUUACUUAUAGGUUUUGUAUAUGCUAUAAUGAUUUUUGAGUGGAUAAAUUAAUGAAAAUAAUUAAUAUUUAGAGUUAUUAA